GCGAUUGGUCGACGGCGACGUCAGACUCGCGCCACUUCUGCAGCGCGGACAAGCAGCGAGUUUACCCAAGUCAACAACACGGUCACACCGGAGAGUGGAAAGGACUUAAACGACAAUUUAUUUGAAAAAAAUACAUCUCUUGAGCCACUCCGGGAUUGUGGAAUUCUCUGCAAGACAUGGCGCGCAAAGACUACGCGGCGGAGAAAGAUAAAUGCAAGAGAUUCCUGCAGGAGUUUUACACCGAAGAUGACAAUGGGAAGAAGGUGUUCAAAUACGGAGUGCAACUUGUGGCGCUGGCUCACAGGGAGCAGGUGUCCCUCUUUGUGGAUUUGGAAGAUGUGGCUGAGGAGGACCCCGAGCUGGUGGAGAGUGUCUGUGAGAACGCCAAGCGCUACACUGGCCUCUUUGCCGACGCCGUGCACGACCUGCUGCCAGAGUACAAAGAGAGAGAUAUCGUUGCCAAGGAUUCUUUGGAUGUGUACAUCGAGCACCGGCUGAUGAUGGAACAAAGGGCCCGUGACCCCGCGGAUACACGUGACACGCGCAACCAAUACCCACCAGAACUCAUGAGGAGAUUCGAGCUCUACUUCAAGCCCCCCAGCAUGUCUAAGCCCAAAGUGGUACGCGACGUUCGGGCCGACAGCAUCGGGCACCUGGUGACCAUCCGGGGCAUCGUGACCCGCGCCACCGAGGUCAAGCCCAUGAUGGCGGUGGCCACAUACACCUGCGACCAGUGCGGCGCCGAGACAUACCAACCGAUCCAGUCGCCAUCCUUCAUGCCCCUGGUCAUGUGUCCCAGCCAGGAGUGUGUCACCAACAAGUCUGGCGGUCGCCUCUACCUGCAGACCAGAGGCUCCAAGUUUGUGAAAUUCCAGGAGCUCCGCAUUCAGGAGCAUAGCGACCAGGUGCCCGUUGGCAACAUACCUCGAAGUAUGUCUGUGUAUGCUCGUGGCGAAAACACACGCCUCGCCCAGCCUGGUGACCACGUGGCCAUCACGGGAGUCUUCCUGCCUCUCCUGCGCACGGGCUUCAGGCAGGCUACUCAGGGUCUUCUCUCUGAGACUUACAUGGAGGCCCACUGCAUCACGCUCAUGAACAAGACCGAGGAUGACGAGCUCGGAAACGAGGAGCUGACGGAUGAAGAGCUGCGCAGCAUCACCGAGGAAGGAUUCUACGAGAAACUGUCUGGCUCGAUCGCGCCUGAGAUUUACGGCCACGAGGAUGUGAAGAAGGCUCUGCUCCUGCUGCUGGUUGGUGGUGUGGAGCAAGCGCCGAAGGGCAUGAAGAUCAGAGGUAACAUUAACAUCUGCCUAAUGGGAGACCCUGGAGUGGCCAAAUCCCAGCUCUUGUCCUACAUCGACCGCCUGGCUCCUCGCAGCCAGUACACGACAGGUCGAGGUUCAUCAGGCGUGGGUCUGACGGCAGCUGUGAUGCGCGACCCCCUGACCGGGGAGAUGACCCUCGAAGGUGGCGCCCUCGUGCUAGCCGACCUGGGCGUGUGCUGCAUCGACGAGUUUGACAAGAUGGCCGAUGCCGACCGCACGGCCAUUCACGAAGUGAUGGAACAGCAGACUAUCUCCAUCGCCAAGGCCGGCAUCAUGACCUCGCUGAACGCCCGCUGCUCCAUCCUGGCCGCCGCCAACCCGGCGUACGGCCGCUACAACCCCAAGAAGAGCAUUGAGCAGAACAUCCAGCUGCCGGCCGCGCUGCUAUCGCGUUUUGACCUGCUCUGGCUCAUCCAGGACAAGCCGGACGCUGACGCCGACCUGCGUCUGGCCCAGCACAUCACCUACGUGCACCAGCACUGCCGACAGCCCCCCACGCACUUCACCCCCAUUGACAUGAAACUCAUGAGGCGAUACAUUGCACUUUGUAAGAAGAAGCAGCCCGUGGUGCCCGAGUCGUUGGCUGACUACAUCACCGCUGCCUACGUGGAGAUGAGGAAGGAGGCACGGGUCAGCAAGGACACCACCUUCACAUCGGCGCGUACCCUGCUCUCCAUCCUCCGCCUCUCCACCGCGUUGGCCCGCCUCCGCACGAUGGAUGGCGUGGAGAAGGAGGACGUCAACGAGGCUAUGAGGCUGAUGGAGAUGUCCAAGGAUUCGCUGCAAGCCGACAAGUCCAGCGGAACAAGGGUUCAGCGUCCGGCCGACGUCAUCUUCUCUCUGGUGCGCGAGCUGUCCACGGAGGGCGUCUCUGGCCGCGGCGGGCCCGGCGGCAUGGUCCGCAUGUCGGAGGCGGAGCAGCGGUGCGUCCAGCGAGGCUUCACUCCCGCCCAGUUCCAGGAGGCCCUGGAGGAGUACGAGGAACUCAACGUGUGGCAGAUCAACCAGGCUCGCACCCGCAUCACCUUUGUCUGACAGGUGUGUGUGUUUGUGUGUGCGCCGCCUCUGAACUGCAUUGACACUUUUCUCCGAACGUUAAAAGUUGCAUUGUUGAACCAUUUUGCUUGUAAAUAAGUUCCAGCACAAAACUUUGAUCCACAUUCCAACAUUGACCAGCUUCACUGAGCAUUUGUGUAUAUUGUCAUGAUACAUUGUUACUUUGAUUCCUGUAUUGUCAUGCAUAGGUAUAAUAAAUGUAUCACUCGCU